AUGUUGGGAAUUUUAGAAAACUAUGUAUCAUGUUCUUCCAAUGUGUCUACCACUUCUUCACCAAGGUGUCUCCCUGACCAGAGCACUGCUUUGCUGCAAUUCAAAGAAGAGUUUACACUCCAAAAGCCCAACUUCAGUUAUUAUAACUAUUUGCGUACUUCUGCGUAUGCAUAUGAACACUAUGAUGCUGUUGAUGCCUCUUAUCCAAAGAUGAAGUCUUGGAAGGCUGAAAAGGAUUGCUGUUCGUGGGAUGGUGUUACAUGCGACUUGAAAACUGGAGAAGUAAUAGGCCUGGACUUGGCCAAUGGCUGGCUUCAAGGGUCGUUGCAUUCUCGCAGUAGCCUGUUUAAGUUGCGUCAACUUCAAGAGAUCAACCUUUCAUUUAACAACUUCAGUUUCAGCCAGAUUCCUUUUGAGUUCGGCCAGCUUUUGAGGUUAACUACUCUUAAUCUCUCUUUCUCUAUGUUUACUGGGAAUAUUCCAUCUGAAAUCUCAUUUCUUAACAAUUUGGUUUCGCUUGGUCUCUCUUCUUUUAAGAAUUACGAUGAAACAAGUCUUUUGUAUCUCAGAAAAGAUGACUUCACGAGCAUUAUCCAAAAUAUGACAAAUUUAAGGGAACUUUCCCUGCGCCAAGUUAACAUUCUAUCAUCAAUACCUGAAUCCUUGGCAAAUUUAUCUUCCUUGACGUCUCUUAGUCUUGACGGAUGUGGUUUACAAGGAAAGUUUCCUGAGAAGAUCUUUCAGUUGCCUAAGUUACAAGAAAUCUAUGUUUCAUGUAACUAUCUUCUUACUGGAGUUCUUCCGCAGUUUCAACCUUCUAGCUCUUUGCUGUCAUUAACUCUUGAUGACACAAAUUUUUCAAGGAAAUUGCCUGACUCAAUAGGCAACCUUGAGUCCCUGAGAAAAUUGUCUCUCUGGAAUUGUAGUUUUGUAGGGCCUAUUCCUUCUUCAAUUUGGAAUCUUUCCCAGCUUAGACAUCUUGAUCUCUCAAUGAACCACCUCAAUGGUCAUGAGCUUCCAUCUAAGUUGGGGAGGCUUAGAAAACUUACUAUUCUAGCACUUCCAUCUGCACAUUUUAGUGGUGAAUUACCCUCUUCACUAGGAAAACUCACUAGAUUAGUACAUUUAAGUCUUUCAAAUAAUAGUUUCAGUGGUCAAAUUCCAACCUCACUUGAAAAUCUCACACGGAUAUUUCAUGUUUUAUCAACAGAAUUACUUUUGGCUUCAUGUAAGCUAAGGGAGUUUCCUAAUUUCCUUAAAGACCGGGAUCAAUUAGAGCAAUUAGAUCUUUCCAAAAACAGAAUUGAAGGCCAAAUACCAAAUUGGUUCUGGGGUGCCAUAGGGAACAAGAAAUUGAACAUUCUAAGCUUGAGUGGCAACAAAUUGCAAGUGUCACCUACAAUUCCACCAUUGUUCAUAUCCUAUUUUGAUGUCUCGAGUAGUAAUUUGAGUGGAGGAAUUCAUCCAUCGCUGCUUAAAUUGACUCAACUGGAUUUCCUUGACAUGUCUUAUAACCAUUUUAGCGGUAACCUUCCAAAUUGGUUGGGUAACAUUAGUGGUUCUCUAGAGGUACUGAAUUUGCAAUGGAACAACUUUCAUGGAGAUCUAUCUCAAAUGUUCACAUUUGCAGGAAGCAUGAAGAAUCUAAAGAUUCUGGGCAUCAGUCAUAACCAGUUACAAGGAAAGCUUCCACAAUCUUUGAUCAAUUGUAGUAAGUUAUGA